AUGGAUCUACCUCCUGUUUUGCUUUCUUCUCAGCCGCAGACCUGCUCCCACCUGGCAGAAACCUGCAUGGAAGGCGAGAGAAGCCCACCCACAGUAGAGCUGGGCAGAGACUCCUCUUUUCCCAGUGGUCAACUGCCCAGCUCUAGCGUAACUGACUCGGAUUGGUUUUGGAAUAAGCACAUCCAGGCAAAGAGGGCCAGAGUAGAGACUAUUGUCCGCGGCAUGUGUCUCUCUCCUAGUCCCUUGGCAUCGGGCAGUGCGCGAGACAGGGAGCCUUCAUGCUAUCCAGAAAAGGUCCGGGAGCGGAAAAGAAAGCAGAGCCUUCCGAUGCACCAGGCUCCCCUAAAAUCAGGUCUUGUCUGGGAUCGAGCAUCCAAGAAGGGGGGAACCCGGGUAAAAGAGCAGCUCCAUCUACUGAAACAACAGCUAAGACAUCUCCAGGAGCAUGUCCUACAGGUUGCUGAGCCCAGAGCACCUGCGCAGGGCCCAGGAGGUACUGAGCAUAGAAGCCCCACGAGGGCAAAGCCGAGGAACAACUCCCUGUCUAGCCCCCGGACCAUGGAGAGCAAACCCCAGCCGAGUUCUAACAAGGACAUCUGUGGAGCAGUAAAGCCCAGAAUGGUUGAGGUACAGCAGGCGGAGGAGGCCAUGCUCCAUCCUUCUGGACCACGGGCUUUAGUGGAGACGCUGAGGAAAGAACUAAGCAUGGCCAUGUCCCAGGCUGUGGACUCAGUAUUACAACAGGUGCUACUGGAUCCACCAGGCCACCUCACCCAGCGGGAACCCAGCUGCCUGGGGAUAGCAUCAGAGGGCAGAAGCCAGCCUUCACCUCCAGGGAGGAGUGCCUAUCAGCCCGCACUUGCUAUUGCCACCCUGCCUAGGAGGGUCCAGGCACAAGCUGGGGUGCCCUUGGGUAAUUCAUCACGGGCUACACUUCUAGAUUCUCCUAUGUGUCCUGCCUCUCCGAGAGCAGUUCCCAAACCGUAUCAGAGUCCCCUGUCAAACUGUCCCUUGACAGCUGUGCCUUCCCACAUCUGGGAAAACCAGAUUCUUAGCCAGCUUCUGGGUCGUGGGCCCGAAGGCCAUUGGAGUGGCAGCCCUCCCCAGAACUCGUCGCCAGCCCAAAGCCGUACCUCCCCAGAGUCUGCCCAGCAGCCUUGGGGUUUGAGCCAGCAGCAGCUCCCCCUGUCGUUCACCCCUGUCCACCUGGAAAGCCGGCCUCUCCUACCCUCUGUUGAAGAUGGAGCCUGGGUGGGGAUGCAGGAUUCACACCCAGUAUCUAAUGAACACAUCCAGGAAGGCCUGAGCCCUGGUCACUUGAAGAAGGCCAAACUCAUGUUUUUCUUCACACGGUACCCCAGUUCCAGCCUCCUGAAAGCGUAUUUCCCUGAUGUCCAGUUCAACCGCUGCAUCACCUCCCAGAUGAUCAAGUGGUUCAGCAACUUCCGUGAGUUUUAUUACAUCCAAAUGGAAAAGUACGCCCGGCAAGCUAUCUCAGACGGUGUCACAGACCCCAAGAUGCUGGCGGUUCUCCGUGAUUCAGAGAUUUUUCGAGUUCUCAAUACACACUAUAACAAGGGAAAUGACUUUGAGGUCCCAGAUUGCUUCUUGGAAAUUGCCACCUUGACAUUACAGGAGUUCUUCAGGGCUGUCUCCACAGGGAAAGAUUCAGAUCCUUCCUGGAAGAAACCCAUUUACAAAAUUAUUUCAAAACUGGACAGUGACAUCCCAGAGAUACUCAAGUCUUCCAACUAUGCCCAGGAACUGUUUCGAAGUUAA